GAAAUACCUGAGAAUCCCCGACAGACAUAGAAUACCCUUGUGGGCAUAAAUCGGGUUCCUUCACCACAUAUACACAAUGCCCGUUCCGACAUACUUGUUGAGCGAGUUGGCCUCAGGCUAUGCUCUGUACGAGGUCAAGGAGGCCGAGGAGGUCGGCUCUCAAUUGAAGGAGGUCAAGGAGGCUUUGCAGGACCUCGCUCGCUUCGGAAAGAUGGUCAACCUUGUUUCCUUCGCACCUUUCAAGACGGCCGCCCACGCUCUCGAAAACGCCAACGAUAUCUCUGAGGGUAUCGUCAACGACCACUUGAAGGCCUUCCUCGAGACUAACCUUCCCAAGCCCGGAAAGAAGAACAAGGUCAUUAUCGGUGUCACCGACAAGAACUUGGCUGGUGGUUUGAAGGAGGCUAUCCCUGGAUUGGAGUGCGACAACUCUGAGGUCUCUUUGGACUUGUUGAGGGGUAUCCGUUUCCACGGAGAGAAGCUCUUGAGACAGUUGCAGGCUGGAGACAUCGGUCGUGCUCAGCUCGGUCUCGGUCACUCUUACUCUCGUUGCAAAGUCAAGUUCAACGUCAACCGGUCCGACAACAUGAUUAUCCAGGCUAUUGCCCUUCUCGACCAGUUGGACAAGGACAUCAACACCUUCUCUAUGCGUGUUCGUGAGUGGUACUCCUGGCACUUCCCCGAGCUCGUUCGCAUCGUCAACGACAACCACCAGUUCGCCAAGCUCGCCCGCUUUAUUGAGGACAAGAACAGGCUCACGGACGACAUGCUUCAUGACAUUGCUGCCCUUGUCGAGGAUGACGAGUCCAUCGCCAAGGCUGUCAUCGACGCCUCCAAGGUUUCCAUGGGUCAGGAUUUGUCGGAGGUGGAUAUGGAGAACGUUGUCGCUUUCGCCGACCGUGUCGUGAACUUGGCCGAGUACCGCAAGCGUCUCUACACCUACCUACAGGACAAGAUGCACGUCGUUGCACCCAACUUGUCCGAGUUGAUUGGUGAGGUCGUCGGUGCUCGUCUCAUCUCCCACGCCGGUUCCUUGACCAACCUCUCCAAAUACCCUGCCUCCACCGUCCAGAUCCUUGGUGCCGAGAAAGCUUUGUUCAGAGCAUUGAAGACUAAGGGUAACACCCCCAAGUACGGUCUCAUUUACCACUCUUCCUUCAUUGGACGUGCUGGCCAGAAGAACAAGGGACGGAUAUCCCGUUUCCUUGCCAACAAGUGCUCUAUCGCUUCCCGUAUCGACAACUUCAGCGAUACCCCAACUACCAAGUUCGGUGAGGUUCUCCGUCAGCAGGUCGAGGAGCGCUUGAACUUCUACGAGAAGGGUGAGCCUGUUACUAAGAACGCCGAUGCUAUGCGCCAGGCUAUGGAUGCUGUCCUUGCUGGUGUUAAGGUUGAGGUUUCUGGUGUUGCUGGUGAUGCUCGUGAGGAUAUCGAGAUGGAUGACGUCGAGGAGAAGAAGUCCAAGAAGGAGAAGAAGAGGAAGGCCGAGUCAAGCGAGGAGUCUGGCGAGAAGAAGUCUAAGAAGGACAAGAAAGAGAAGAAGGAGAAGAAGGACAAGAAGGAGAAGAAGUCCAAGGAGUAA